AUGUUGUCCUUUCCCCGUGUGGUGGCCUGCUCACGGACCUGCUCCCGCUUCCUUGGGCUGAGCCUCGGAACUGCAUCACUGUUUGCCGCCGGGGCCAACAUCGCACUCCUCUUUCCUAACUGGGAUACGACCUACCUGACGAGGGGCCUCAUUGGCAAGCAUGCCAUGCUGGGCGCUGGGAUCUGGGGAGGAGGAUUCAUGGUACUCGUGGCAGCAACUCUCAUCUCCCUGACGGGCUACUUCAGCGACAGAGCACCCUGUCUGCACAUGCUCAUUGCUCUGUUGUCAAGCAGCCUGGCUCUUCUGGGGGCCUUGGUUUGCUUUAUCACUUCUGGAGUAGCCUUGCAAGAUGGUCCCUUUUGUAUGUUCGACACCUCGUCCUUCAAUCAGACACAAGCUUGGAAAUUUGGCUAUCCCUUCAAAGAUCUUCCCAACAGGAAUUAUUUGUAUGACAGUUCACUCUGGACCUCCAUCUGCCUGGAGCCCUCUAAGGCUGUGGUUUGGCACGUGGCCUUCUUCUCCACCCUUGUGUGUAUCAGCCUCCUCCAGCUUCUCCUGGUGGCCAUCCAUGUCAUCAAUAGUAUCCUUGGGCUGUUCUGCAGCUUCUGUGAGAAGAGCUAG